CUAAACCACUAAUAAAAGCAAUGGUUAAACAUAGGAGAAAAUCACUGAGCUAUUUAGAUCUGAACAAAAUGGAAAAUUAAUUAAUUACUGCUAACAAAGCUUGGUAUUGGUUUUUGCUGUAGUUGUUGUUCUUAUCUGGUGGUUUUGGUUUGCUGUGGAGUGCAGAAGCGAUCGACGAUCGGUAUGGCAACUGCGGCGUCGGAUCCUGUUCAGCUGAAAAGUGCGAGAGAGGAUAUUAAAGAGCUUCUCAAGUCUAAAUUCUGCUAUCCUAUACUGGUUCGCCUGGGAUGGCAUGAUGCUGGUACGUAUAACAAGAACAUAGAGGAGUGGCCAAAGAGAGGUGGAGCUAAUGGUAGUAUCAGAUUUGAAGUUGAGUUGAAACAUGGAGCCAAUGCAGGCCUGGUGAAUGCAUUGAAUCUUCUUCAGCCUAUCAAGGACAAGUACUCUGGUGUGACAUAUGCAGAUUUGUUCCAGUUGGCCAGUGCUACUGCUGUAGAGGAAGCUGGGGGUCCCAAGAUUCCCAUGAAAUAUGGAAGGGUUGACGUUUCAGCACCUGAUGACUGUCCUGAAGAGGGGAGGCUUCCUAGUGCUGGGCCCCCUAAACCUGCGGAUCAUUUGCGAGAAGUUUUCUACAGAAUGGGUUUAAGUGACCAGGAUAUAGUUGCAUUAUCCGGUGCACACACCCUAGGAAGGUCCAGACCUGACCGCAGUGGUUGGGGAAAACCAGAGACUAAGUAUACGAAAAGUGGACCAGGAGAACCAGGAGGACAAUCCUGGACCGCAGAAUGGCUCAAGUUUGACAACUCUUACUUCAGGGAUAUCAAAGAAAGAAAGGAUGAAGAUCUACUUGUAUUACCAACUGAUGCUGUUAUCUUCGAAGAUUCUUCUUUCAAGGUAUAUGCUGAGAAAUAUGCUGCAGAUCAGGUAGCAUUUUUCAAGGAUUAUGCUGAAGCCCAUGCGAAGCUCAGCAAUCUUGGAGCUAAAUUUGAUCCUCCCCAGGGUAUUCUGUUGGAUUGAGUUGCAGUGGCAGCCAAUUAGUCAUCUGGAAAGGUUGAUUGAGAAACAAGUACCUCGUGAAGCAGUGCUGUACCUUCAAGUAAUACAGGAGAAGCUGUUUGCAAUACUACGGAUAUACAUCUAAAACUUGGCAGUCCAAAUGAAGGAGAAAAGAAUAAAUUCAAUAAGCAUUGCCUGUUAGAAUUGCAGAGAAAACUGCAGAGAAUGUGAAGCAGAAAGUACGAGGGUGGAAGCCAGAUAAACCUCUACGGUCUAACUAUUUUCCAAAUUUCAUGAUUAUGAUUGCUGUUUUGGCAUUUUUAACAUUCUUUGAAAUUAUUAAUCAUCGAUUAUGAGAAUAAGUAUCCAUUAAAGUUCCCUUUUGUUAGAUCUAUUCA